AGGUGGGAGCUGUAUUCAGGGGGUUAGGUGGCAGUGCCCGGCUGGGUGAACGGAGCUGGAAGAAUCAUCCCAAUUAGCCUUUUUCUUAUAAAUCCAUUCAAGCCCUGAGGCCUAAAUGUUGAGCCCUGAAGCCUCUUCUAAACAGAAUAAGGAGGUGAUCUCUUUUGGAGAUGCUUUCCUUUUUUCACUUACAUCCAACACCACUCUGUGCUACUUCCCAGCAGGGGCUGGCUUUCACCAAAGUGAAGAAGAUGGGAUGGAUUUUCUUGAUCCUAGUUAAGGGCUCAGAGCCACAUCUCCGGGUCUCUCACUAGUUUUGAGAACAUUUGGUGCGCUGCCCUGGGCCCUCCAGACAGCCUUGGGGUACCCCCUGUGGAGAGGAGAAACUGGCUUGGAGCGAAGGGGUUGGCUAAGAGUUUCGCUACUCCACUCCGGGUGCAGCCGUUACUAAGGGCAACCCCCUCCCUCGGAAGAGAGGAAGUGAGGGCGGGACCGGCGGGGCUGCCCCUCCGCGUUGCCUUGGAGACGCACUGUGUCCUGAAGCCGGAUGUGGGCAGGCCCUAGCUGACUUGGGUGGUGCUUUCUGAAAUUGAGGGACGCCCAGCCAGCGGCCAAGAUGUCCACAGCGGGGAAGGUGACCCGGGUUCCCAGCGGGAAGGUCUACCAGCAGAUCUUCGAGGCCGAGGUGCAGCUGGUCCAGUCCCUGAUGGCCUCCAGGAAGCAGAAUGCAGAGCUUUCCCUGACCCCGAAGGAUGGCAGCAAGCCCUUGAUGAAGAAGGGGGACAUUCCUGAAGGGGAGAUGAUGUCUUCUCGGCAGCGGAAGUGGGUGCGCAGCCUGCCCAACGACUGGGUCACAGAAAACCCUGUCCUCUACAGGGAAAAGCAAAUUACCAAGAAGGAAAGAACGCAAGAGAGCGAGAGUACCAUCGCUGCCCUGGAAGUCCGGAGCCUCAUGGACACCAUCGUUCCUGAGCGGACCAGCACCGUCAGCCUUCAAGGAGACUACAAGAGGAAGGCCUUCGAGAGCGCUCUGGGGAGUUUUAAGGAGGAGGUUGCCGAGAUUGGGAUGGACAUGGAGCCUCUGGUCCUGGAGCCAGGGGCGCUUCUCUUAAAAAAGCUGACUGGGUUCAAGGAAGACAUCAACUGUCUCUUCCAAAAGAUGGAAAACGACAACCUCGAAGACUACAAUAUCAAAACCCUGUUGGACCUGUGGGACCAGGUGGCCGAGAAGUUCCUGCUCCAGAAGCAGGGCAUUAAGGAGCUGGACGAGACGCUCUACUCGGUCGAGUUCUCUCGGGUGGACAGACUGAAAAGCGUGCUGAAGAAGUAUGUGGAGAUCAUACAGAAGACGUCCUACCUCAUGCAGCCCGACGUGUACAGGCUGAUGAACAAGGAAGCCAUGGACAUGAACCACGCCCUGCUGGGCAACCGGAGGGCCAUCGCGCAGCUGUCCGUGAACCUGAUGGAGGCCACGCUGAAGCAGGAGCUUGAGAGCCGGCGCCGCUGGCAGGACCUGACCGACACCUGGAAGGCUCUCAAGAAGAGUGCCCUGGUGCAGGCCUUCAGUGAGUUCAUGGCCAGUGAGAGGAUCCAGGCUCCUCUGGCCAUGAAGAAAGAGCUGGAGAGCCUGCUGAAGAACCAGAAGGCCCUGCAGAAAAAGCGGCUGAAGCACAUCUGCACCAUCUGCAACCUUCUGCCCCCCAACUACAGCCAAGAUCAGCUGGCUGAAUGGUAUUCUGCUUUCACGUCCCUGAAUAAGCAGCUCGACACCUGCCACACCGACUGCAUAAUGCGGCUCCGCUUACAGUACGAGAAGAUCUGGCAGGAGUGCCUGGCCCAGGUGCAGAAGUGCAAGACGCAGCUGCUGGACUGGAAAGCCUUCACUGAGGAGGAAGCGGAGAACGUGGUGAGCCCGUCCUUCUUCCAGAUGGUGGGAGACCUCCAGAGCAAGGCAGAGGAGGAGCUGGAGUCCUUGGACAAGUCCUUUGAGGCCCUAGCGAAGCGGGCAGAGGGGCAGAGCUUGGAGCUCUUCAGCUAUUUCCAGGAAGCCGUGCAGCUGUGGGAGGCACACCGGGGUGUGCUGUCCGUGCAGGAGCUGGAGCUUCAGAAGCGGAUGGAGCAGCGACGCCACAAGCAUGACCUGGAGAACAAGGCCCAGGAGGCCCUCCUUGAUGAGCUGUUGGACCAACUGAGACAGCAGAGCAGGGAGGCAACCCUGAAGUCUCACCUGGAAAAGGCCAAAGAUUUUCUGCAGAAUAUAAAGUGCAGUUAUGAACGCUUUCAUGUCCUCUUGACACAAGAAGUGAUGGAGUACUCAGCGAUCAUACUGAGAGAACUCAACUCCUACAGCUCCAGCCUCAGCCGACACUUCUACGUCCGAGAAGUCUUUGAACAGAACUUGAAUGGGGAGGUCAUCCUCAAGCACCGAGACCCAGAAGCACACGAAAAGAAUUUCCAGGACAGGAUGAGAGAACUGAGGAGGAAGCAGAGGGCCGAGGCGGAAGCGAGCAAGAGCGAGGGGAGCGCGAGUGGAGGCGCCGGUUCCCCCGGGCUGGCAGGAGAGACGCAGGAAGCAGGAUCUCCGGACGUCGAGUUCUUCACGACGACGGGAGAGGUGGGAGGGAGCCAGCAGGAGAGGUCCCCGCCGAGCGAAGAGAUGGAUGAGUUCGGAGAGGACUCGGUUCAGGAAUCGGAAGAAGCGCAGGUUGAAAGACACAGCUCCCCAAAGCCGUCCCCGAACCAGGAAGGGGUGGUUCCAGAAGAGGAGGAGGAAGAGGGCGAGAAGGAGGAGGAAGAAGAAGACACGGGGGUGGAGGAAGAGCAGGAGAGGGUGUCUGUGGCUGAGUCCGAAGCCCAGGCAGAGAGUCUGGACGCUGUGUCCCUGGAGGACAUGGACAUGGAGUCCUUCACCGUCUCCAGUGGGAACACGUACUUUGUCUUCCUGCCCCUGGAGCAAGAGGAGGAUGGCGAGAGGCCCUGUUCCAGCCUCUCUACCGCUCUCGUCGAUGACUCGCUCAACGCCCAGUUCCUGGAACAAGUAAUAAUUCCGUCCGCGCUGGUCUCAGAAAUUAAGAAACAACUCCGAGCUGGCUUUUUUGAGCACUUAGAGGAAUGGUUUGACCAGUGUGCCCUCAGCGCCCGGGACGUGGUGGCCAACAAGAUCGAUGAGCUGGAGUCAGAACUGGAGCUGCGUCUGCACCUGCACGAGCCAAGAGCCCAGCACAUUGAAAAGGACAUCCACAAUGUCAGGGCAGCCGAGCUCUUGCUUCAUCAAGAGCGUUUGGCCAGCCACUGUGCUGGGGUGAUGGAGGCGCUGAAGAAGGAGAAGCUGAUGUUCUCCCAGUUCCAAGAGGAGCAAAACACAAAAUCUGAAAACUUCCGCCGCAAGAUUUACGACAUGGAACACACCUUCCUGAACGCCACCAAGAGCCACAAGCUGGCCAUUCUCAGCAGCACAGUGCACCAGGAGCUGCUGAGCUAUGUUGACGUCAUCCAGGUGUCCCUGCGCAGCUUCCGCCAGUACCUGGAGGAGAGCCUGGGCAAGCUCCGUUUCACCAACAUUGAGUACAUCAAGCACUGCAGAUUGUUUUCAGAGGGAGGCAACUUUUCUGCUGAUGAGAUUGAGUUGCUAUGUAACCGACUGGAGAAGGAAGCUGCCCGGAUAGAGUUUGUUGAAAGCUCGAUCAUGAUCAACAUGGAGAAGAUGGAGAGCGAGUACCUGGACCAGGCCAAUGAUUUCAUCAACAAGUUCGAAAGUAAAUUCCAUAACCUGUCUGUGGAUCUGAUCUUCAUUGAGAAAAUCCAGCGGGUGAUGACAAAUCUGCAAGUGAAAAUCAAAUGUGAGGUGGCAAAGUCCAAUUCACAAGCAGAUGGAUUAAAUUCUUCUCUGGAGCAGCUUCAAAGCAAAGUAGAGAUGUAUCGAAGCUCAAAGGGAGAUAAAAAGGUGGUGACCACAGAAGAGGUCCGUAGCUCUGUCCAAGCUUGGAAGGAAAAACUGAACCACAGGAUUCACUACCUCAACUGCGGGCUGGACAAAUUGUCCACAACUCAAGUGGAUUUUGCUGACAAUGUGCUCACCGACCUGGACAUAGAGAGUGACACCCUGGUGACUUCAGAAGCCCUUGAAGAGGAGGCCAAGACACGUGGGGUCACCCCCGAGUCCUUCGCCCACCCGAGCCGCAUGGGGAAGCCCAUGAUUGAAGACCCAGCUAUAGAGGUGGUGAAGAAGAUCCUGCAACUUCAGGACUCAAAGUUCUCAGUUCCCUCCUCUGAGAAAAUUCGACCGCAGACAGGCUCGAAGCGACACCGGAAUCACGGAGAACACUCUGGGAAGGCCUCGCCCAGUGGCAAUGUCACCUCUUCAGGGAGCAGCACACGGUUCACCAAACCCAACAAAAUCGACAGAAAGUACCAGGUGCUCUGGGACAAGCCACCUCCUCACGCCGAGGAUUUUAAAGGGAUCAUCAUGACCCUCCUCUGGGAGAGCAACGAGCAUCUGGUGAACGUCAUGGAGGAGUUUAACCGCAAAGAGAAGCGCUCCAUCUCCAGGCCUGACUGCAUGUGCGACAGCUUCGAGCAGUGUGUGGAGAACACCAGCAAGAAGAUGCUGGAGUACCAGGCACAGAUGGACGAGUACCACAACUCCUGCCUCAUCGAAUUACGAGCCCAGAUGAGGAGGUUUGAGGAGCUGCUUCCCCAGGUGUGUUGGCUGGUGAUGGAAAAUUUCAAGGAGCAAAACUGGAAAAAAUUCUGCACCUCCACCGGAGAGAUCCGGGAACAGUUCUGGGAUCAUAUGAAGCAGCUGGAGCAAAAGAAGGAUAAAAAUGCCCAGAGUCUCCAUCCUAAUCUCGGACACCCCGCAUACUUCCAAGACGUGGAGUCUCUAUGUCUGGUAGAAGACAAAAGGCAGGGUGACUUGGACACCAUGAUUAGGACAACCAAGGACAAGCUGGAGGAAUGUGCCAGGAAGUGCGGCCGGUCGUUCAUAGCCAGCCUGGCCACCUUCGCCGAGAAGUUCCUGCUGCAGUUGGACGAAGUGAUCACCAUCGAUGACAUCCAGGUUGCAAGGAUGGAGGCCCCCAAACAGAAAACGUCAAUCCUCAUACGGAGGAAGCUCGCCGGGCUGUCCCUGGAAGAAGAGACUGAGAAGCCCCUGGUUGAACGGGGCAGCAGGAAGUGGCCUGGAAUCAAACCCACUGAAGUCACCAUCCAGAACAAGCUUCUGCUCCGGAAAACAGCAUCGAUCACCACCACCAAGACAAACCUGGGCCACCUGGCAACCGUGGAAGCCCGAAAUGCCAUCUAUCUGAAAUAUCUAGCAUUGUUUGAAGGGGAGUUGAAGAAGAUCCAGGACGAGUACUCAGCGCAGGUGAAGGAGGCUAAGCACUGGAAGGACAGCUGGAAGAGCUCCGUGCACACCAUCCGCAGCCUGUACUCCUGACGCCCACAGUUCACCCCAAAUAAAGGCUCCUUUCGUAUGG